AAUUCAUUUGACAACCAGCCAGCUAAGCGAAUCAUUUAUUUGACAACCAGCCAGCUAAGCAGAAGUAAGUCGCAAAAUGUCUGGUGGAAGCAAUAUCGCGGGAAUUAAACUCUCCAGUGGACCGACGCGUCUAAGGAGUAGGAUCCUUGUGCGAAACCUACCGGCUUGCACCCGCCAGGAGCUGGCUAGGCUCUGCCAUCCGUUCGGCCAAAUCCUUGGCUCGCUGGUCCUCGGAAGCCACGGGUUUAUCCAGUUUGCAAGGGAGAGCGAGGCCAAGACCGCCAUAGAGAUGCUUGACCAGUCCACCUUCAAAUCGAAGCUCAUUCUCGUCUCGAGUGCCAGCUUCCGUUCCCUCAGGGCCAGAAACCUUAUCUAGGGCCCCUCGAGAAGGAGGAGCAUGAUCGAGUGGUCUGAUGAUGGCGUUGUCGUCGUGCCUCGGCACCAGCCCAUGAGGACCGAUGAGGACGAGCAGUAAGAAUCGAAAGCGAUGACGAGGAAGAAGAGGACGGGGUGACUCAGCAGAAUCACGCAAGAGGAAGAUUUAGAAGCAGGACAGCAACACGAAGAGAGAGAGAACGAGAGUCCGAACACAAGAACAACGACGAGGAUGACAAGCAAAAUCUCUCUCUCUCUUUCUAGAAGAAGAACACACCAACUCUACAAAAAAAAAAACACAUCAUCUCUCUCUAGAAGAAGAAGACACCAACUCUCUCCAAAAAAACACAUCUCUCUCUCUAGAAGAAGAAGACACCAACUCUCUACAAAAAAAACACAUCAUCUCUCUCUAGAAGAAGAAGACACCAACUCUCUACAAACACACUCUCUACAGAUUAACACACCAACUCUACAACUAGAACACACCAACUCUCUACAGGAAGAAAGCAGCAACUCUCUACAAAAUGAACACACCAACUGUCUACAAGAUGAACAUAACAACUCUCGACAAGGAAAACACACCAACUCUACAAAGAGAACACAUCAAUAGGCCAAAUAGUUUCGCCCAAUUCACACAAUCAAAAAAUGCAAACAAUAAUAACAAUUCUUAAAACUUU